CUCUCUCUCUCUCUCUCUCUCUCUCUCUCUCUCUCUCUGAGUCUCAGAUUACCUAAUAGUAGUACAUUCCCUAGCUUUUCUAUGUGACCAAACAUGGCAAUGAAGAAUAUUAUUUAUUCUUAGCUGAUCUUUUUAUAUCUAUAUAGCACAGAGAGAGAGAGAGAGAGAGAGAGAUGGAGUGUAGGAAUAUUAACGGUGGUAAGGAGAUGGGAAAUGAAGGGGAUGAAAAUGAGAUCCUUAAAAGGAGAAUUUCAAAUCAUCCUUUAUAUGGGUUAUUGCUUGAAACUCAUCUGGACUGUUUAAAGGUGGGUGGGGUUAGUGAUGAGUUCCAGAGCAAUGAAACUGCAUAUCUGAAGCAGCAUGAGACAAAUCCCAAUAUAGCCACGGUUAGACAACCAGAGCUGGAUCAUUUCAUGGAAGCAUAUUGUUUUGCACUUGGAAAGCUAAAAGAAGCAAUAGAGGAACCCCAACAGAAAUCGAUGGCAUUCAUCAACAACAUGCACUUACAACUCAGUGAACUCACAAAGACAUGUCCUGCUGAAUCUACCACCACACUUCUGGUAAAAGCUAGAAACGACUGGCUUGAGAGAGAAGGGUAAAGAGCAAGAUGCAGAGUUAAAUGCUCUCAUGCAACCAGAGUUUAGCAGAAUUGGCUACCGGAUAUGACUUCGGCAAGUUAAUGACUCUAAUUGCAGCUAUACUACAAGAGUAUGUGAAACAUGGACUUGAAUUUUUAAAUAUAAAUUUGGUCCUCUAAAAACUCUACAAAAACCUAAGUUUGUGCUUUUACCAUAUUUGCAUAGAUAAGUGCUCUCUUUUUCCUCAUGUCAUGGCAUCUGCAUUCCCAAUGGAAAUCAAAUAUAUCCUCUUUAAAAUGGAGGAAAUCUAUUUCAAAGUGUCAUGCCAUUCUUUGCUUAAAAACAACAAAAACACUCAGUUAAUAGUAUUGUUCAUAUAUCCAUUUAAUCAUAUUUUUACAUCUUUAAUUAGAACUGAUAUUGUUACUUUGGCCAAUCCUUUUCCAACUGAACUGAUUGAAUUUUACCUUUUAACCUUUAUUUUUCUGCCAAUUCAGAAAUCUACUUUCACAUCUAACUUCAAGAGAACUUUUAUUUUUCAAAACACUUAAAAUAUGAUAUAAUAACAUAUACCAAAAAGCAACAAAUUAGAUUCAUACAUACAUAUAUAUAUAUAUAUAUAUAUAGAAUAAACGAAUAAACGAAUAAACGAGUAGAACCCAACUAGCACGUAAUGCAAUAGCCCUUAUGGUAGAAAAUAUAAUAUAGUUAGUGCACUUUUAUAGGAGGUGCCAUAGCAAGUAGAAGCCAAAAUCUAAAUAAACCCAUCGACCAAAGAACCAAAACACAGAACCACAUGUCUUUGCGAUGGCAUUUAUUCUUUAAGUAUAUUGCAAGCCAAAGUACAGAUUUUCCUUCUUUGUAUUUUUUAACUUAUCGAACAUUCAGUUGCAUAUUAUAUUUGAAUGCUCCUCAUGACUUCACUUUAAGUGAAUUAGAAAAUAUCUGUGGUACUUAUCAACUAAGAUAUUCAUACAAUGUAGUUCCUUUUUCAACUUAAAAGAACCCUUUUUUUUUUUUUUUUUUUUUUUUUUUGAA